AUGGUGGCUUCGGUGAGGGCGAUUGGAGGUGGUUCACGGAGAGCACGGUGGUUGGCACAGAGGUGGCUAAAGGUUGCGGCGGGGAGCGGCAGAUGGUUUUGUGGUGGCUACCUAGGUCGUGGCUAUGACUUGGUGAGGCAGGGAUGGGGAAAUGGGAAAAAGAGAUGGAGGUCGAGGGUGAGCGUGAGGCACAGAGGGGCUAGGGUACAGGAAUGA